GCUUAUCGUUUCUAUUUUCCACGGUUAUAUACUAUAAUUUUAUUUAUCUCACUCAUUUUAUUUGUGAGCGAAUGUUUCUAUUGGUGUUUUUGGAUUUUUGUUGGAAUAUUAACUUUUAAGUAUGUAUAAUGUAUUUGGGGCUCCUAAGGAUGUUUGUGUAUGGCUUAAAGACUUCAACUAGCGAGAAGAGUAGCUAGGGUCGGUAUGCCAAUAGUAAAACUCAGAUGAGAAUGGUUAAUUUCAAUCAGACAUUAUUAAUGGUUAUUGACAGUUGCAUUCUUGUGUAAAUGGGUGCUUAUUCACUGUCAACUGUUAGUGGAAUUGGGUGUUUAUGAAUAGUUGAAACUGUAGUAAUAUAAAUUUCUGUUAAAGUCAUCUUUUUUAAUGGUAUAUUAUGUUAAAAUGCGCAACAAUCUAUUAACAUACAAUAGGUAAGAUAUUAUUUUAUUUUAAAUGGGCAUUUUUUUCUCCGGCAGCUUAGUUGAGUCGCUGCCCAAUCACGACUACUUGUGAGUCAACCCAUUAUUUUGUUUGUUUGUUUGUUCACAUUCGACCACACUAUAUAUGAUUUGUAAAUUGUAACAUAUAAUAAUAACUUCAUUAUAUAUAAAUAUAUAUACUUGUUGUAAUUGUUGUACAUCAUCUGAAACCCAAGAAAUCAAAACAAAAAUCAGAGGUCAAAGUCAAAAUUAGUAUAAUGGAAGUGAAAGCUAGAGCUCCCGGGAAAAUCAUACUCUCCGGUGAACAUGCGGUGGUUCACGGAUCCACGGCAGUCGCUGCCUCCAUUAAUCUCUACACAUAUGUCACUCUUCGCUUUCCGACUCCUGCUGACAAUGAUGAUACCUUGAAACUCCAACUCAAGGAUUUGCAUUUAGAGUUUUCAUGGCCAAUUGGUAAAAUCAAAGCAGCACUGUCUCAGUUAGAUCUUCCUAAUUCAUCAACGCCAACCUCUUGCUCAAUUGAGGCCAUGAAAUCAAUCGCAGCUCUAGUUGAGGAACAAAAUAUCCCAGAGGCAAAGAUUUUUCUUGCUUCUGGAGUAUCAGCUUUUCUUUGGCUGUAUACGUCUAUUCAAGGAUUUAAGCCUGCUACAGUGAUUGUUACUUCAGAACUUCCUCUUGGUUCAGGUUUAGGCUCCUCUGCUGCACUUAGUGUUGCAUUAGCAGCUGUUUUGCUUGCCUUUUCGGACUUAGUAAACAUAGAUUUUAACCACCAAGGAUGGUUAAUGUAUGCGGAUGAAGAACUUGAACUACUAAACAAAUGGGCUUUUGAAGGUGAAAAGAUCAUCCAUGGAAGGCCAUCUGGCAUUGACAAUACAGUGAGCACUUAUGGUAAUAUGAUCCAAUUCAGGUCUGGUAAUUUGAUUCGCAUGAAGUCCAAUUUGCCACUCAAAAUGCUCAUCACUAACACAAAAGUUGGAAGGAACACUAAGGCCCUAGUAGCUGGUGUCUCAGAGAGAGCCUUGAGACACCCAGACGCCAUGAACUUUGUCUUUAAUGCUGUAGAUUCUAUUAGCAAGGAACUAUCUGCCAUUAUUCAGUCUCCUAUUGGUGACGACCUGUCUGUGACCCAAAAGGAGGAGAAGAUAGAAGAAUUGAUGGAAAUGAACCAAGGAUUACUCCAAAGCAUGGGGGUGAGUCAUUCUUCAAUAGAAACUGUUCUACGAACAACAUUGAAAUACAAGUUAGCUUCCAAGUUGACAGGAGCUGGCGGUGGAGGCUGCGUUUUGACACUACUACCAAACUUGCUAUCAGGAAAGGUUGUUGACAUAGUGAUGAAUGAGCUCGAGUCAUGCGGAUUCCAGUGCUUCACUGCUGGAAUUGGGGGUAACGGUGUUGAGAUUUACGUGGGUGGUUCAUCCUGAUUUCUUAGGUGGAGCGAGUUCAAAGUUUCACCAUUUACUAAUAAUUUAAAGCUGCACAAUUUGCUGCUGUUUAUCUCUGCUAUCUGAGUUGUAUGUACAUUAGUCACUUUGUAGUUUCGUUUUGAAUUUACUUUAAUCAAGCUCCUUUCUUAUGGUUCCCUGGCUAUCUGCUUUAUAACCAAUUUAAACAAGUGUUCAAAGCUUCGUGUUUUGUGAUUCAUUGUAAGAGCAAAAGGAUGAAAAAGAAGCCAUAAAGGGAUGAUUGCAUGAUGUGUACUAUGUUUGGUUGAUCAGAGUGGCAGUCUCAUCUUGUGUGUCCAGAUUUGAAAGAUUUGAGUAACCGCAAUCAUUACUAAUUUUUUUA